ACCAAUAAACGUGCACGCAAAUGGUAGUGGAGGCGGGAUUACGUUGUGGGUGAAGGUAUAGUGUGUGAGAAGUGUAUGAGUAGCAGGAGCGGCGGAGCGGGUAGUACGGUGAGCUGUCCCUGAUCUCACCAAAAUGACCAAGCUGGGCUUCCUGCGUUUGUCCUACGAGAAGCAGGACACGCUGCUGAAGCUGCUCAUUCUUUCUAUGGCUGCUGUCCUCUCAUUCUCCACCAGGCUCUUUUCCGUUUUGAGGUUUGAAAGCGUCAUCCAUGAGUUUGAUCCGUACUUCAACUACCGUACCACCCGCUUCCUGGCAGAAGAAGGAUUUUAUAAGUUUCACAACUGGUUCGAUGACCGAGCAUGGUAUCCCCUGGGAAGGAUCAUCGGCGGCACCAUUUACCCAGGACUCAUGGUGACGUCGGCCGUCCUCUACCACGUCCUCCACUUUUUUCACAUCACCAUAGACAUCCGAAACGUCUGUGUGUUCCUCGCUCCCCUCUUCUCCUCCUUCACUGCCAUCGUCACCUACCACCUCACCAAGGAGCUGAAGGAUGCAGGUGCUGGGCUCCUGGCGGCGGCCAUGAUCGCAGUGGUUCCUGGUUACAUCUCCCGUUCGGUUGCCGGCUCCUAUGAUAACGAAGGUAUUGCCAUCUUCUGCAUGCUGCUGACCUAUUACAUGUGGAUCAAAGCGGUGAAGACCGGCUCUGUUUAUUGGUCCUCCAUGUGUGCGCUGGCAUACUUCUACAUGGUGUCAUCAUGGGGUGGCUACGUGUUCCUGAUCAACCUCAUCCCCCUCCACGUGUUGGUGCUGAUGCUCACAGGCAGAUUCUCUCACCGUAUUUACGUGGCUUACUGCACCGUCUACUGCCUGGGCACCAUCCUCUCCAUGCAGAUCUCUUUUGUCGGCUUUCAGCCGGUGCAGUCGUCGGAGCACAUGGCCGCCUUCGGAGUGUUUGGGUUGUGCCAGAUUCAUGCCUUUGUGGAUUAUCUGCGCAGCAAACUCAACGCGCAGCAGUUUGAGAUCUUGUUCAAGAGCGUCAUUUCUCUGGUGGGCUUCAUCCUGCUGUCUGUGGGAGCUGUUCUCAUGCUCACAGGUAAAAUUUCUCCCUGGACCGGUCGUUUCUACUCUCUGCUGGACCCCUCCUACGCUAAAAACAACAUCCCCAUCAUCGCCUCUGUGUCAGAGCACCAGCCGACAACCUGGUCCUCGUACUACUUUGACCUCCAGCUGCUUGUCUUCAUGUUUCCUGUCGGCCUGUAUUACUGCUUUAACAACUUAUCCGACGCCAGGAUCUUCAUCAUCAUGUAUGGAGUGACCAGCAUGUAUUUCUCAGCCGUCAUGGUGCGUCUGAUGCUGGUGCUGGCUCCAGUGAUGUGCAUCCUGUCGGGUAUCGGUGUGUCCCAGGUCUUAACGACCUACAUGAAGAACCUGGACGUCAGCCGGCCGGAUAAGAACAAGAAGAAGCAGCAGGACUCCACCUACCCCAUCAAAAACGAGGUUGCCAGUGGGAUGAUCCUGGUCAUGGCUUUCUUCCUCAUCACCUACACCUUCCAUUCCACCUGGGUGACCAGCGAAGCCUACUCCUCUCCCUCCAUCGUCCUGUCCGCCCGCGGCGGAGAUGGCAGCCGCAUCAUCUUUGACGACUUCAGAGAGGCCUACUACUGGCUCCGCCACAACACCCCUGAGGAUGCCAAAGUGAUGUCGUGGUGGGAUUACGGCUACCAGAUCACCGCCAUGGCUAACCGGACCAUUCUGGUGGACAACAACACGUGGAACAACACGCACAUCUCCAGGGUUGGACAGGCCAUGGCAUCCACUGAGGAGAAGGCCUACGAGAUCAUGAGAGAGCUAGACGUUAGCUACGUUUUGGUCAUAUUCGGAGGACUGACUGGCUAUUCCUCAGAUGACAUCAAUAAGUUUCUGUGGAUGGUCCGCAUUGGCGGCAGCACGGAGACCGGCAGACACAUCAAGGAGCAUGACUACUACACUCCCACCGGAGAGUUCAGAGUGGACCGCGAGGGUUCGCCCGUCCUACUCAACUGCCUCAUGUACAAGAUGUGCUACUAUCGCUUCGGACAGGUCUACACAGAGGGCAAGAGGCCACCUGGUUAUGACAGAGUGAGAAAUGCUGAGAUUGGGAACAAGGACUUUGAGCUGGAUGUACUGGAAGAGGCCUACACUACAGAACAUUGGCUGGUCAGGAUAUACAAGGUGAAAGAUCUGGACAACCGGGGUCUUUCGAGAACAUAAAACCUUCAGGCAGCAACGUUGCUCUUCAGCCUACAGCACUGAACAUCUUCCCAUGGGAGUCGGCGGACGGUUGCGAGAAGUACUUUUUAUACUUUAGGGAAGAAAACUGCAUCAAAGUGAUUUUGGUUCUUGAGUUGUUUUGGGGUUAUUUGGGUUUUAAGAAUCUCCGUUUUUACCUGAAGCUGGAGUCAAAACAUCCUGUCUGAUAUCAGGACGUAUAAUUUUCCAUUGGGUGUGUAACUGAAAGCAGUGUUCAAUUAAGAGUGCUUUGGAUUUUUUUGUUUUUUUACAAUGUGAUCAAUUAAAGUGGGAUUGAUUGUGAA